AUGGAUCGCGCUGAUGAUAAUGAAGGACCACAAGAUGCGAAAACAGUCGGAUUGGCUCAUGUUGAGCAACAGAUGACCGAAGACAUUGACGAUCUAAAGAAAGCCGACCCUGGCGAUCGUGUCGAUGGUCAGGUACAAAAGUAUGCCGCCAUGGGGCGUGUCGAGAUAGACGAGGCAACAAACAGUCGUCUUAAGCGUUUGAUUGACAAGCGCGUUUUGACCAUCAUGGUCUUCACCUACCUUGUACAAGCCUUGGACAAGGGGACUAUGUCUUUCACCUCGAUUAUGGGAAUCCUUGAUUAUACACACGUCAGCAAUUCUCAGGUACGAUAUAAGAUCACUGGUUAA